GUCCUUGCAGUUAUUUUUGUCCCUCGCCGCCGUAAUUAUCAUCUUACCCAUCCCUUGACGCUCUCCUGACCUUUUGUCGCAGUUUUCAUAAGCGGGAGGGGGGGGGGGUUAAUCCGAGAUUAGACCCGCAGUUAUGUAAAAACCGGGCGCUAAAUCCUCGAAUAAUAUGACGAGAUUAGAGCCGCAGAGCGUGUGCGGUUUGACGGGACAGGGAGGGGGAAAACUUUUAAAGUGGGCGGAGCAAGGGCAGCGCACCAGCCAAUCAGAGCGUGGUGAUUUGAGCGGUGUGUCCUGCUGCGAUGGAAAAUUGGUUGGAAAAGGCACGCAGAUGUGCGCAAGGAGUAGAGCUGGCCUGAUGCGGGGUUCGUGCGUCCCAGUCCACUCUCGCAGAUGUCCGAUGAGGGUAUUAAGGUCGAAAUCCAAGUUGGGUUCCUACGCCGGCGCGCUUUGGCUCUUUUGAAAAUCUUUUUUUAGAACCUGCUUGACCUCAAGAACAGCGGGAGUUUCUUUUCUCCGGAGGCGGUCCUCACCUGGAUACGAUGCGUCCGCCAGAAGUUAUUCUUCAUUUCUUUCUUGAGUAAACGCCGUUUCCUUCAGGAUCCCCUUCGCGGCCAUGAUGUUCUGCACCACCUUCCUGUCGGCUCCCUCGGACGAGCGCGUUUGUGAAAGAGGCGGCGGGGGCGGCGGCGGCGGGGGGUUUGGCCCGGCGGGUUGCUUGUCCACCUUGCACUGCUUGGUCCUCCCCCAGGACGAACUGUACCCGAAUUUCGCAGAGCCCUCCGCCGCACAAGUGCGAGCUCGCGGCUUUAUCGGCGACGCGCUGCCGGACGUUAGGGCGGGCGCGUGCCGCGACGGGGACGGCGGGGGGAUGUGGGACAGGGUGAGGAGGAGACGCAGUCGCUCCGUUUCGCCUUUACCAAGCAAAACGCCCAAAAGCCCUUGUAGUGACAAAGGCCCGGCGCUGCCCAUGGCCACCGUGGACAUCAAAAACCCCGAGAUCAGCACGGGACACCGUUUUCACAGCAACUCUCAGAUGAACAACAUCAUGCACUCCACGUUCAGGAAGGAGAAGAAGAACAAAGGCAAGAAGAAGCGGCUGACCAAGGCCGACAUCGGCACGCCGAGCAACUUCCAGCACAUCGGGCACGUCGGAUGGGAUCCAAACACAGGCUUUGACUUGAACAACUUGGACCCCGAGCUGAAGAACCUCUUUGACAUGUGCGGCAUCUCCGAGGCGCAGCUGAAAGACAAAGAGACCUCCAAGGUCAUCUAUGACUUCAUCGAGAAGAAGGGAGGCGUGGAAGCGGUCAAAAAUGAGCUGCGGCGACAAGCUCCCCCGCCCCCUCCAUCCAGAGGGGGCCCUCCACCCCCUCCCCCUCACCACGGCUCAGCCCCGCCGCCCCCACCCCCCGCCCGCGGCCGAGGCGCCCCGCCGCCCCCUCCGCCCUCCCGAGCCCCCGUCUCCGCACCUCCGCCCCCACCUCCGUCCCGGCCGGGCUUGACCGCUCCGCCGCCGCCUCCCCCGAGCCGAGGCUACCUGCCCCCGCCCCCGCCGCCGGCCCACGCCUCGGCGCCCGGGCCGCCGCCUCCGCCGCCGCCCCCUACUUCCUCCAUUCCUUCUUAUGGAGGACCUCCGCCUCCUCCGCCCCCUCCCCCACCGGCAUCCUUUGAGGCCAACGGAACAGUGGACAGCGGUUUGCCGGUCGGCGGCAAGUCGGCCUUGCUGUCUCAGAUCCGCGAAGGCACCCAGCUGAAGAAGGUGGAACAAAAGGAGCGGCCGCCGGCGUCCAACACCGGGCGAAAUGCGCUCCUGAACCAAAUCCGAGAAGGGAUCCAACUCAAACCGCGGGACGAAACAAACGACUCGCCGCCGUCCUCCCUGGCCCCCUCGGCCGGCAUCGUGGGGGCGCUGAUGGAGGUCAUGCAGAAGAGGAGCAAGGCCAUUCAUUCUUCAGAUGAGGACGACGACGACGAAGAUGAUGAGGACUUUGAAGAUGAGGAUGAAUGGGAUGACUAGUGUGUUUGGCUCCGCCCCCCCAUCCCCACCUCCCGUAUUCCUUUCCGUACCUUUGUAUGAUUAUGACGCAAAAAAUGUUCCUUCCUUACUUUAAAAAAAAAUAAUUUCAAAUCACCAAAAAAAAAAGAUUUUUUUUCUAUUUGCUGUUUUUUUUUUUUUUUUUUGCCUUUCUGCUUUUUUUUAUUAAUCUGUGCAAUACCUCAUUUAAUGUGUCGGACAUUCUCAUAUCUGUUGUUGAUGUUUCUCUGACGUCUCGUGUAGCUUUUUAACCGUCUUCUGCUAUUUUUUUUUUUUUUUUUCGACGCUCGUCAGGCCAUCUGUCACUUUGUCGCCACACAUUCCCUUGCGUCCUGUCACUCUCGCGCUCGUCCUCGUCUUCCCAAAAUAACGUGCAAUUUAGACAUCAAGCUGUCGCCGAUCUUCCGGACAUAAUUCUCAGAGGCAUGAGUUGCCGCAAAUCCUCCCGUUGAGAGAAAAAGAAUUAUUUUCGUACCUUAAUUGUGGUUUAUUUUUGCUUACUCUAAUGAUCGUAGUUUAGCAACCAUAUUUUCUAAAAAACAAAAACAAACAAACAAAAAAAAAAUUUGGACUCUUUUCGCUUAAGCUGCUGUUUUCUGUGAAUGUGCUCCAGAUGUGAGUCUUGAUGUAUUUUUUAUUUUCUUUUUUGCACAGAAAGAGAAGACUCGCAUGCAUGACAACAAGGACAUGUUCAGGUCUGUGUAGUCCGUAUCAUAAAGCGCAACGCACGCACUUUGCGAGAUGAGGAAAAAUGAGAUUGCAGCGGUUUAUCGACGGUUAUCGUCCUGUGUACAUUUGCUUUUCGACGCAGUAUCGAUAACGGAUGCAGACUCCCGUUUAAUAAACUGACACUUACAUUUUAUUAUAAUAAGUGAUAUUUUGUGACACAGUCAUGCCGUGAUUAUCUCAACUCAUUGGACAUAUAUAUUUUUUUCUAUUCUGUUAACACAAUGACACUACAUUCAAGUUGGUUUGUCUGUCACGACUACGGAAUCUUGUUUUUUUUUUCCCCCAUCUUUUUCUACUUUACGCUAUACAAUAUAAAGCAGAGUUUUGACGUUAUUUGUUGGAAUUGGGUCAAUGAUUGUGUAAAAUUUGAGGAAUAAAGACAUUUUUAGUUUUA